AUGAUCAAAUGGCUGGAAUUUGUAGCACAUCAUCACAUGCAUUCAACAGGGUUGAACAACGCAGCCAAGGAUGCAGCAAUGGCAAAGAAGGGGACGCUGCUGCUCUGCGCCUGGCUGGUGCUUCUGUGCGGUCUUUGCAGAGCAAGUUUCCGUGGGAAAGAAUUCAUUACAGUCUUCAUGCAAAACCAUGUUGAAAGUGUCGGAGCAGAUUGCAAGCUGUUCAUCACUGGUUACCAUGCCUCCACUACGGUUACUGUGACGGUGAACAAGGGUAUGUUCCGGAGAGUGACGCCUGUUGGAGAAGGACAGAUGGUGACCGUGCAGAUCCCAGCCUCUGUAGAGAUGUUUGGGAGCAAAAUGUUUGAUAGCACCAUCCUGAUUCAGGCUGACAAAGACAUCUCUGUCCUGUCUGUUAACUCAAAGCCCAAUUCCAUUGCUACCACUGUAGUGUACCCCACUGAGAAGUUGGGUACUGUAUAUUACAUUGUAAGUCCACCUGGUUUCCAUUUAGGAAGCUACAAAGAGUUUGCUGUUGUAGCAGGGCAGGCUCCCACUACAGUUGAUAUUUACUUGAAAGGGGCUGUACUGUUCAAAGGGUGGAUCUAUGCUGCUGGGCGUAAACUCACAGUUACCCUCGCUCCCUACCAAGCCUUGCAACUACAAAGCUUAGUUGAUUUAUCUGGUACCAAGAUUGAGUCUCGGGAACAUGUGGCCGUCUUGACUGGGCACAGCUGUGCUGAAAAAAACACCGCUUGUGAUCACGCUGUCGAGCAGCUCCUGCCCGUCUCCAGCUGGGGCAGCACAUACAUCAUCCCUCCUCUGUCCUUCCAGAACAAGUAUGACAUUGCGUACAUCGUCGCCUCCCAAAACACUCGCAUUGACUAUCAGUCAGGGCCCACACGAGCUUCCCGCAACAUAUUGGCUGGGCAGGUUGUUGAAUUUGAAGUCCGAGUCUCUCACCCACUUUACAUCUCUGCUAGCGCCGGCAUCCAGGUUCUUCUCUUCUUCACUGGUGCUAAAAAUGGGAAAUCCACGUAUGACCCAUUCUUCAUCAACAUCCCACCCAUCAUAAGCUACUGCCAAUCCUACCACAUUGACGGGGUGAAGGAGUUUGAGAACCAUGUGUUGAUCAUAGUCAAGAGCUCAGAGUCUGGCAGGAUCACCUCUGAUCAGAGAGCCAUAGGAAAUGUCCAGUGGAGGCAGAUCCCCGGCACGGAGUAUUCUUGGGGAGAGUACAGCUUCGGCAUAGGGAUUAGUGCCCUUUCCAUACAGCACCCGACCUCUCCCUUCGGUCUGCUGAGCUUUGGAGGGAACGAUCAUGGUGGAUAUGGCUCAUCCGGCGUUUGUGCACACAGUAACCCGACCCUGUCCUGCAGCACUGUUCAAUGCAGGAAGAAAGAGACGUGUCAGAUUGUAGAUGGCCGCCCGGAGUGUGUGGCUGAGUCAGAAUCCACCUGCUGGGCUCAGGGAGACCCACAUUAUCACACCUUCGAUGGGCGGAAUUUCGACUUCAUGGGCACCUGCACCUACACCAUCGCCAAGACCUGUGGCUCAGAUUCAACUCUCCCGUCAUUCAGUGUCAAGGCCAAGAACGACAACAGGGGCAACACGCGUGUUUCCUAUGUUGGUUAUGUGACGGUUGAAGUCUAUAAUGUCACUGUCUCAGUGAUCAGAUAUGAGACUGGGUUUGUGAGGGUGAAUGACCAGCGCUCCCGCCUCCCCAUCUCUGUGCUCGAGGGGAAGCUGAGGGUGUAUCAGAGUGGGGGCUCUGUGGUCAUCGAGACUAACUUCUCCCUGAGGGUCUCCUACGACUGGGGCAGCUCCCUGGUGGUGAAGAUCUCCAGCAGCUUCUGGGAGAGCAUGUGCGGCCUAUGUGGCAACUACAACGGGGAUGCCAGGGAUGACUUUGCCACCCCAUCCGGGACGCUGGCUGCCAGCCCCGUGGAGUUCGGGAGGAGCUGGAAGGUGGAGGACGGGGACAGGUUCUGCUGGGACGACUGCCACGGGGAGUGCAAGAGCUGCUCCCCAGAGCUGGUUGGCAGGUACAAAGCUGAGCCCUUCUGCGGUUGGAUCACCAAAGAGGCGGGCGGCCCCUUCAGCCAAUGCCACUCCGUGAUUGAUCCCAAAAUCUACCUGGACAACUGCGUCUACGACCUGUGCAUGAACAACGGCCUCAAGGAGAUGCUGUGCCAGGUGCUGACAAGCUAUGCCGAUGCCUGCCGGAGAGAGGGGGUGGCCAUCUCUGACUGGAGGACACCCACGAGGUGCUCUCUGCCCUGCCCAGAGAACAGCCAGUACCAGCUCUGUGGCUCCGCGUGUCCUGCCACCUGCAAUGACCAAGUGGCCCCUAACAACUGCUCCUUACCCUGCGUGGAGACCUGCCAGUGCAAUGAGGGCUUCGUGCUGGAUACUGGAAAAUGCAUCCCCAAAGCCAGCUGUGGGUGCAAGUUCAACGGGCAUCUAUAUGCCCUUGGAGAGCAAUUCUGGGGGGACAGCACCUGCACCAGACGGUGCCUCUGUGACCCCCAAACCAGGCAAGUGAGCUGCCAGGCCACAGGGUGCAGGACUGGGGAGCAGUGCCGGGUAGAGAAUGGCAUCCAGAACUGCUACCCCAGCAGCUACGGAACCUGCUCAGCUUCGGGGGAUCCUCACUACAUCAGCUUUGAUGGGAAGAAGUUUGACUUCCAGGGCACCUGCCUGUAUCAGUUCGCCGGGCUGUGCAUCAAAAGCCAGGACCUGGUGGAUUUCCAGGUCCUAGUUCAGAACGACCAUCGGGGCAGCCAAGUCGUGUCCUUCACCAAAGUUGUGCAGGUCAAAGUCUAUGAGGUUGACAUUGUGAUCAGCAGGGAAAACCCCGGCAGAGUCGUGGUGAACAGCGUGCUGAUCAACCUACCAUAUAGCACCAACGACAGCAAGAUCUCCAUAUACUGGAGGGGGCAGGCAGCAGUGGUCCAGACUGACUUCGGUCUCACCGUCACCUUUGACUGGCAGGGCCGGAUCACUGUCACUGCUCCAAGCACCUACGCUGGAGCCGUGUGCGGUCUCUGUGGGAACUUCAACGGGGACAAGGGUGAUGAGUUGACCACGAGGGGCGGCACAUUGGCCCCAAACCCAACGGUCUUUGGGCAGAGUUGGAAGGUGAAGGAUAUCCCUGGCUGUGUGGAGAUUACCAAGGACGAGUGCUCAGACCUAGAGGCUGUUGAGAGACGCCAAAGAGGAAUGAAUGGGGAGUGUGGGAUCCUCCUAGACAAGAGCGGCCCCUUCCGAGAGUGUCACAGCAAAGUCAACCCCGAGGGCUACUUCCAAGACUGCGUGUACGACUAUUGCGUCUUCAAAGGCCAACAAGCUGUGAUAUGCCAGCUUAUCACCAGCUAUGCCACAGCCUGCCAUGCUGCUGGGGUGACUAUCUAUGCCUGGAGGACCAACUCCUUCUGCAGUCCCUCCUGUGCACAAAACAGCCAUUACGAGGUCUGUGCCCGGGGCUGCCAGUCGACCUGCAGCAGCCUCUACGCCCCAGUUCAGUGCUCGGCCCAGUGCUGGGAAGGCUGCGUGUGUGAUGAGGGCUUUGUGCUCAGCGGUGAUGAGUGUGUCCCUAUAUCCCAAUGUGGAUGUGUCUACCUGGGAUUUUAUUAUAAGGCUGGGGAGACUUUCCACCCAACAUGCCAGGAGCAGUGUGUGUGCCAGGCCAGCGGAGACGUGGUGUGUAAGGGGUUGUCCUGCCGCCCUAAUGAGGAGUGCAAGCUGGUGAAUGGCAUCCGGAAAUGCCACCCUGUCGGAUCCGCAACAUGUUCUGCUGCCGGGGACCCCCACUACCUCUCCUUCGAUGGGGUCGCCUUCGAUUUCCAAGGCACCUGCACCUACAUCCUGGCCAAGACCUGCGCUGACGCCGGGAACCUGACGUCCUUCUCGGUGAAGGUGGAGAAUGUGCCCUGGGGCAAUGGGAAGGUGUCUGUCACCAAGCUGGUGUCCGUGGAGGUCUACGGGCUCACGCUCACCCUGCUGCAGAACAGGAAGGGGCACGUCAUGGUGGACGGGGUGUCUCACAACCUCCCUGUGGUCGUGGCCGAUGGGCAGCUCCAAGCAUAUCAGCACGGCGGGAACGUGCUGGUGCAAACGGACUUCGGCCUCACCGUGAGCUACGACCUGGUUUACCACGCCAGAGUCACCGUCCCAGGGAACUACCAGGGCCAGACGUGCGGCCUGUGUGGGAACUACAACGGGCGUCGGGACGACGAGUUCCUGCUCCCCGAUGGCAGGGGGGCCCCUAACGUGGCAGCGUUUGGUUCCUCCUGGAAAGUCCCAAUCCCGGGAGCGGCCUGUGAGGACGGAUGCUCCGGGAACAGCUGCCCGGUCUGCAAGGAGACAAAGAAGGAUUUCUUCAAACAGCGCAACUACUGCGGGCUGCUCAUGGCCCCCGAUGGCCCCUUCGCCGCCUGCCACAGCACGGUCAUCCCCACUGUGUAUUUCAACAACUGCCUCUAUGAUCUGUGCCUGGGCAACGGAGACUCCCAGGUCCUGUGCCAGAGCAUCCACAGCUACGUGACGGCCUGCCAAGAGGCCCGGGUCACCAUCCAGUCCUGGAGGAGCGUCUCCUUCUGCCCUCUGCGCUGCCCGGCCAACAGUCACUACGAGCUGUGCGCCGACCUCUGCACCACCACCUGUGCCAGGAUCACAGACGCCAGGAAGUGCCCAGACACCUGCGCCGAAGGCUGCCAGUGCGACGAUGGCUUCCUCUUCGACGGCCAGGGUUGUGUAGCUCUGCAGAGCUGUGGGUGCUUCAACAAAGGGAUAUAUUACAAGCCUAAUGAGAUGGUUCUGACCAACAAGUGCCAGCAAAACUGCACCUGCAUUCCUGCCCAAGGGGUGACCUGUGAAGCUCACAGCUGCACCAGCGAUGAAACCUGUCAGAUCAGAGAUGGAGUCAUGCAAUGCAUCAACAUAGAUCCCUGCAAAGACCUGACAUGUCGGGCCAAGGAGACGUGCAAAAUUGAGAACGGCCGUGCCAUGUGUGUUCCCAACUUCAUUGGAACCUGCUGGGGCUGGGGGGACCCGCACUAUCACACUUUCGACGGGCUGAACUUCAACUUCCAGGGCACCUGCACCUACACCCUGGCCAAGUACUCCGGGACUGAACCCACCCUGGUGCCCUUCACCAUCGAUGAGAAGAACGACAACAGGGGGGGCAACCAGGCUGUCUCCUACGUGCGCCUGACCAACAUCUACGUCUACGGGUACAACAUCUCCAUCCACAAGAAGGAAGUUGGGAAAAUCAGAAUCAAUGACGUGACCACCAGCUUGCCGGUGACCCUUGAAGACGGUAAAAUCAAGCUCUACCAGAGCGGUCUCAAUGCUAUCUUGCAGACAGACUUUGGUCUGCAGGUGUCGUAUGACUGGAAUUGGCACCUGAUCAUCACCCUCCCCAGCAGCUAUUAUGGGGCCAUGGGCGGCCUUUGUGGGAACUUCAACCAAAACCAUGGAGAUGACAUGACGUCACCCAACGGCACCAGAGUCUCCUCCAUCGUGGAAUGGGCCAGGAGCUGGAAAGUCAAAGACCGGGACCCCUUCUGUUGGGAUGUUUGCAAAGGGAAUUGCCCAACGUGUGAUGAGAGCAAGCAGAAGAUCUACGGGGGCGACGAAUACUGUGGUUUGAUCAGCAAAGCACCAGGAGGGCCCUUCAGAGAGUGUCACCCCAAAGUGAGCCCGGAGGACAUUUUUGACAGCUGCAUCUACGACGUGUGUCUGAACGGGGGAGCCAAGACCAUCCUGUGCCAGGCGCUGGAGGCCUACGCAGCCAUCUGCAAGAAACAGGGCAUCACCGUCUAUGACUGGAGGACACCAUCCGGCUGUGUCCCAAUCUGCCCUGAGAACAGCCACUAUGAGGCCUGUGGGAACGCCUGCCCAGCCAGCUGCUCCGACCAAACCGCCAACUCCUCCUGCCGGGAGCCCUGCGUGGAGACCUGCCAGUGUGACAACGGUUAUGUCCUGAGUUCCGGCCAGUGUGUCCCCGUGGGGAGCUGUGGCUGUGACUACAAUGGCCGCUACUACAAACCCAGUGAGGAGUUCUGGGAUGAUGAGAACUGCCGCUCUCGGUGCAGGUGUGACCCCAGCCUGGGCCUGGUGGUUUGCCAGGAGACCAGCUGCAAGGCCAAUGAGAGAUGCGCCGUGAUCAACGGGGUCCGUGACUGCUACCCAAUCAGCUACUCCACGUGCACGGCCUCCGGGGACCCUCAUUACACCACCUUUGAUGGAAAAAAGUACGAUUUCAUGGGCACCUGCAUCUACCAGCUGGCUGGGGUCUGCUCUGAAGACCCCACGCUCACCCUGUUCAAUAUCAAGGUGGAGAAUAACAACCGCGGCAGCAAGGCCGUGUCCUACACCAAAGCGGUGACCUUGGAGGUGUACGGCAGAAACAUCACUGUCAUCCAGCAAUAUCCCCGCAAGAUCAAGGUGGACGGUGUCUUUGUGGCCCUGCCUUUCUACCAUGAGGAGAAGCUACAGGCCUAUGUCAGCGGAGCCCAAGUCCUCAUCAAGACCGCCUUCGCCCUGACGGUGACCUUCGACGGGAGCAGCCUGGUCCGGGUCACCGUGCCCAACACCUACGCCAACGUCCUCUGCGGCCUGUGUGGUGACAACAACCAAACUGCCAGUGACGACUUGACCAUGAGGGACGGGAGCCGGGCGGCGAACGCCAUCCAGUUUGCAGAAAGCUGGAAGGUGGGGGAGGUCCCUGGAUGCUUGCCCAGUUGCACCAAGGACUGCCCAGUCUGCAGUGAGGCUCAGAGACAACCCUACAAGGGAGAUGGGUACUGCGGGGUCAUCACCAGAGGGGACGGGCCGUUCAGAGAGUGCCAUGAGGUCAUCCACCCAGCCCCCUUCUUCGACGAUUGCGUCUUUGAUACCUGCCAGUACAAGGGUCACCGUGAUGCUCUCUGCAGCGCGAUCAGCGCCUACGUGACGGCCUGCCAGGCCAAGGGCAUCCAGAUAAGGCAGUGGAGAUCGACCUCAUUCUGCAGCGCCACCUGCCCCAGUAACUCCCACUACGAGCUCUGUGGGAAUGGCUGCCCUGCCACCUGCCACAGCCUCUCAGCGCCGGACGGCUGCGACGCCCCCUGUGCCGAAGGGUGUUUCUGCGACGCGGGGUUCCUCCUGAGCGGAGACCGGUGUGUCCCCGUCGCGCAGUGCGGCUGUGUGCACCAGGGCAGGUACUACGGGAAGGGAGAGGUGUUCUACACCAAGGCCUCCUGCCGGGAGAAGUGCCAAUGCAAAGACAACGGGGUGGUCCAGUGUUGGGAGACCUCGUGUGCAGCCAACGAGCAGUGCAAGGUGGCUGAUGGCGUCCGGAAAUGCCAGCCUGUCGAAUCUGCAACGUGUUCUGCUGCCGGGGACCCCCACUACCUCUCCUUCGAUGGAGUCGCCUUUGAUUUCCAAGGCACCUGCACCUACAUCCUGGCCAAGACCUGCGCUGACGCCGGGAACCUGACGUCCUUCUCGGUGAAGGUGGAGAAUGUGCCCUGGGGCAAUGGGAAGGUGUCUGUCACCAAGCUGGUGUCCGUGGAGGUCUACGGGCUCACGCUCACCCUGCUGCAGAACAGGAAGGGGCACGUCAUGGUGGACGGGGUGUCUCACAACCUCCCUGUGGUCGUGGCCGAUGGGCAGCUCCAAGCAUAUCAGCACGGCGGGAAUGUGCUGGUGCAAACGGACUUCGGCCUCACCGUGAGCUACGACCUGGUUUACCACGUCAGAGUCACCGUCCCAGGGAACUACCAGGGCCAGACGUGCGGCCUGUGCGGGAACUACAAUGGGCGUCGGGAUGACGAGUUCCUGCUCCCCGAUGGCAGGGUGGCCCCUAAUGUGGCAGCGUUCGGUUCCGCCUGGAAAGUCCCAAUCCCAGGAGCGGCCUGUGAGGACGGAUGCUCCGGGAACAGCUGCCCGGUCUGCAAGGAGACAAAGAAGGACUUCUUCAAACAGCGCAACUACUGCGGGCUGCUCACGGCCCCCGAUGGCCCCUUCGCCGCCUGCCACAGCACGGUCAGCCCCACUGUGUAUUUCAACAACUGCCUCUAUGAUCUGUGCCUGGGCAAUGGAGACUCCCAGGUCCUGUGCCAGAGCAUCUACAGCUACGUGAUGGCCUGCCAAGAGGCCCGGGUCACCAUCCAGCCCUGGAGGAGCGCCUCCUUCUGCCCUCUGCGCUGCCCGGCCAACAGUCACUACGAGCUGUGCGCCGACCUCUGCACCACCACCUGUGCCAGGAUCACCGACGCCAGGAAGUGCCCAGACACGUGCGCCGAAGGCUGCCAGUGCGACGAUGCCUUCCUCUUCGACGGCCAGGGUUGCGUUGCUCUGCAGAGCUGUGGGUGCUUCAACAAAGGGAUAUAUUACAAGCCUAAUGAGAUGGUUCUGACCAACAAUUGCCAGCAAAACUGCACCUGCAUUCCUGCCCAAGGGGUGACCUGUGAAGCUCACAGCUGCGCCAGCGAUGAAACCUGUCAGAUCAGAGAUGGAGUCAUGCAAUGCAUCAACAUAGAUCCCUGCAAAGACCUGACAUGUCGGGCCAAGGAGACGUGCAAAAUUGAGAACGGCCAUGCGAUGUGUGUUCCCAACUUCAUUGGAACCUGCUGGGGCUGGGGGGACCCGCACUAUCACACUUUCGACGGGCUGAACUUCAACUUCCAGGGCACCUGCACCUACACCCUGGCCAAGUACUGCGGGACCGACCCCACCCUGGUGCCCUUCACCAUCGAUGAGAAGAACGACAACAGGGGGGGCAACCAGGCUGUCUCCUACGUGCGCCUGACCAACAUCUACGUCUACGGGUACAACAUCUCCAUCCACAAGAAGGAAGUUGGGAAAAUCAGAAUCAAUGACGUGACCACCAGCUUGCCGGUGACCCUUGAAGACGGUAAAAUCAAGCUCUACCAGAGCGGUCUCAAUGCUAUCUUGCAGACAGACUUUGGUCUGCAGGUGUCGUAUGACUGGAAUUGGCACCUGAUCAUCACCCUCCCCAGCAGCUAUUAUGGGGCCAUGGGCGGCCUUUGUGGGAACUUCAACCAAAACCAUGGAGAUGACAUGACGUCACCCAAUGGCACCAGAGUCUCCUCCAUCGUGGAAUGGGCCAGGAGCUGGAAAGUCAAAGACCGGGACCCCUUCUGUUGGGAUGUUUGCAAAGGGAAUUGCCCAACGUGUGAUGAGAGCAAGCAGAAGAUCUACGGGGGCGACGAAUACUGUGGUUUGAUCAGCAAAGCACCAGGAGGGCCCUUCAGAGAGUGUCACCCCAAAGUGAGCCCGGAGGACAUUUUUGACAGCUGCAUCUAUGACGUGUGUCUGAACGGGGGAGCCAAGUCCAUCCUGUGCCAGGCGCUGGAGGCCUACGCAGCCAUCUGCAAGAAACAGGGCAUCACCGUCUAUGACUGGAGGACACCAUCCGGCUGUGUCCCAAUCUGCCCUGAGAACAGCCACUAUGAGGCCUGUGGAAACGCCUGCCCAGCCAGCUGCUCCGACCAAACCGCCAACUCCUCCUGCCGGGAGCCCUGCGUGGAGACCUGCCAGUGUGACAACGGUUAUGUCCUGAGUGCCGGCCAGUGUGUCCCCGUGGGGAGCUGUGGCUGUGACUACAAUGGCCGCUACUACAAACCCAGUGAGGAGUUCUGGGACGAUGAGAACUGCCGCUCUCGGUGCAGGUGUGAUCCCAGCCUGGGCCUGGUGGUUUGCCAGGAGACCAGCUGCAAGUCCAGCGAGAGAUGUGCCGUGAUCAACGGGGUCCGUGACUGCUACCCAAUCAGCUACUCUACGUGCACGGCCUCCGGGGACCCUCAUUACACCACCUUUGAUGGAAAAAAGUACGAUUUCAUGGGCACCUGCAUCUACCAGUUGGCUGGGGUCUGCUCCGAGGACCCCACGCUCAUCCCGUUCAAUAUCAAGGUGGAGAAUAACAACCGCGGCAGCAAGGCUGUGUCCUACACCAAAGCGGUGACCUUGGAGGUGUACGGCAGAAACAUCACUGUGAGCCAGCAAUAUCCCCGCAAGAUCAAGGUGGAUGGAGUCUUCAUGGACCUGCCUUUCUACCAUGAGGAGAAACUACAGGCCUAUGUCAGCGGAGCCCAAGUCCUCAUCAAGACCGCCUUCGACCUGAGGGUGACCUUCGACGGGAGCAGCCUGGUCCGGGUCACCGUGCCCAACACCUACGCCAACGUCCUCUGCGGCCUGUGUGGUGACAACAACCAAAGUGCUGGUGACGACCUGACCAUGAGGGAUGGGAGCCGGGCGGCCAACGCCAUCCAGUUUGCAGAGAGCUGGAAGGUGGGGGAGGUCCCUGGAUGCUUGCCCAGUUGCACCAAGGACUGCCCAGUCUGCAGUGAGGCUCAGAGACAACCCUACAAGGGAGAUCGGUACUGUGGGGUCAUCACCAGAGGGGACGGGCCAUUCAGAGAGUGCCAUGAGGUCAUUGACCCAGCCCCCUUCUUCGACGACUGCGUCUUUGAUACCUGCCAGUACAAGGGUCACCGUGAUGCUCUCUGCAGCGCGAUCAGUGCCUAUGUGACAGCCUGCCAGGCCAAGGGCAUCCAGAUAGGGCAGUGGAGAUCGGCCUCAUUCUGCAGCCCCACCUGCCCCCGUAACUACCACUAUGAGCUUUGUGGGAGUGGCUGCCCUGCCACCUGCCAUGGCCUCUCAGCGCCAGACGGUUGUGAUGCUCCCUGUGCUGAAGGGUGUUUCUGCGACGCCGGGUUUCUCCUGAGUGGAGACCGGUGCGUCCCCGUUGCUCAGUGCGGCUGUGUGCACCAGGGCAGGUACUACGGGAAGGGAGAGGAGUUCUACGCCAGCGCCUCCUGCCAGGAACGGUGCCGGUGCCAAGACAACGGGGUCGUUGAGUGCCGGGAGGCCUCCUGCGGAGCCAACGAGCAGUGCAGGGUGGAGAAUGGAAUCCUAGGCUGCCACGCCAUGGGCUGCGGCAAAUGUGUAGCAUCUGGUGACCCUCAUUAUCUGACCUUUGAUGGACGGGCCUUUGAUUUCCAAGGCACUUGCACUUACAGCUUAGCCAGAGUCUGCAGCAGUGACGCUGGGCUGGCAAACUUCUCCGUGGUGGUAGAAAAUGAGAGCUAUGGUAAUGGGCAAGUGUCAGUGGCACGGCUGGUGGUGGUCUCCGUUCAUGGUUACACCAUCACCAUGGAGAGGGGAAGGAAGUGGAAAGUCAUGGUGGAUGGGGAGCUCUACACUCUCCCACUGGCUAUGGACGACGGGAAACUUCAGAUCAACCAGGAGGGGAACAACAUCAUUGUUCAGUCUGCUUCUGGCCUCAAAGUCCUUUACGACACCUCCUAUUAUGUCCUAGUCUCCAUCCCCAGCUCCUACAAGGGACAUGUGUGCGGCUUGUGCGGCAACUUCAAUGGUGACAAGAACGACGACUUCCUGCUGCCCAGUGGGAGGAGUGCCCAGAACGCGGAUGAGUUCGGGGCCUCCUGGAAGGUGCCCGUUGAUGGCGCCACAUGCGCUGAUGGCUGUGGGGAAAGAUGUCCGGUCUGUGAUGCAGCUAAAACAGCGCCAUACCAGGUCGAUAGCUCCUGUGGGUUGAUCAAAGCGACAUCAGGUCCCUUUAAAUACUGUCACUCGCUGGUCAGCCCUACCGAGUAUUUCAACCAUUGUCUCUAUGAUAUGUGUGCUGCCAAUGGAGCAAGAGAAAUCCUCUGCCAGAGUAUCCAGGCCUACACGGCCGCGUGCCAGGCAGCUGGAGCCACAGUCAGUGCCUGGAGAACAGCCUCCUUCUGCCCUUUCACCUGCCCAGCCAAUAGCCACUACGAGCUGUGCACUAGAUCCUGUGAUUUCACAUGUGCUGGUUUGUCCACCCCUGCCCAGUGCACUGCGAAAUGCUUUGAAGGCUGCCAGUGCGACGCCGGCUACGCAUUCAAUGGGGAAACGUGCACGUCCAUGGAAGGAUGCGGCUGCGUGCGUGACGGACGCUACAUCAAGGCCGGGGAGAGCAUCAUCUCCAGCGCUUGCUCCGAGAAGUGCACCUGCCAGGCCUCAGGCGGGCUCAUCUGUGAGCCACACAGCUGCCCCGACAAAGAGAUCUGUGCGCUCCAGGAUGGGGUGCGCAGCUGCGUGAAGCAGGAAGGCCGGUGCACACUGCUCCCCGGAGCCCAGCUCACCUCCUUCGACGGCGCCUCUGGAGGAGUUCUGUAUAGUGGCGCUUACGAGCUGGCCUCUCUCUGCAACGACAGCGCCCCCUCCUGGUUCAGGGUGGUGGUGGACAUCAGGGCAUGCAGCGAUGGGGCAGCGAUGGCUGGGACAACUGCCUACAUUUUCUUCCAAGAUGCUUUCAUAGCUGUGAAAAGGAACAAGGAGACCUGGGUGAAUGGGCGCCCAGUGCCGCUCCCGGUGAAGAUCUCCGAUGCUGUGUCUGUGCGUGAGUCUCAGGGCGGCGUGGCCGUGGUCCAGGCCUUGGGGAUGCAGGUUCUGUUCAGCCCCAGUGGGGAGGUGACAGUGAGGGUCAGCGAGAGCCUGGCUAACAAGCUGUGCGCAUCCUGCGGGAACUUCAAUGGCGACGUGUCCGACGACCUGCAGCUGCCCAGCGGGGGGGUUGCGGGGAACAUCACUGAGGUUAUCGAUGCCUGGAAGGCCAGAGACUUCUCCGGACGGGGGCGACAUCGCCUUGCUGUGGUCCCGCGCCCGCAACGCCACACGCCGGCUGGAAAGCGACUGGGCUGCCGCUGGGUAUGGAGCGAAGAUCGGCAGGAGCUGGGAGUCCUGGUACCGCGGAUCGAGACAGAGGGCAACACCUUCAUCAACCCCGGAGCCAGAGGUGUGCUGGAGAAGUCCCUGAAGGCCGCCAUCCACGCGCUCUAUGUGGACACCCUGAGGAAAAAACCUGACCAGGGCAAGGCCUUCGAGGUGACCAGCAAGUGGGACUCCAGCAACCACUUCCUCCCCGCAGGCAGCUUCACUCGAUUCGCCGACUGGCGGUUCAUACACCGCGCCCGGCUGAACUGUGUCCCUCUCAACGGAGCCGUCCGCCACGGGAACCCCGACAAACGCUGCCGGAAGUGUGGGUACGCCAUGGAGACCUUGCCCCACGUCCUAUGCAGCUGCAAGCCCCACGCCAGAGCCUGGCAGCUGCGCCACAACGCCGUCCAGGACCGCCUGGUGAAGGCCAUCGCCCCGCACCUGGGAAAGAUCGCUGUCAAUCGCGCCAUUCCCGGCACCGACAGCCCGCUGUGCCCGGACAUCGUCGUCACAGACGAGGAUCGGAAAAAGAUCAUCCUCGUUGACAUGACGAUCCCAUUCGAAAACAGGACCCCGGCCUUCCGUGAGGCCCGAGCCCGCAAGCUUGAAAAAUACGCCCCCUUGGCGGACACCCUGUGGUCAAAGGGCUACGAGGUCUGCACCAACGCCCUGUUUGUGGGGGCCCUGGGCGCCUGGGACCCUUGCAAUGAACGUGUGCUUCGGACCUGUGGGGUGGGCCGUCGCUACGCGCAGCUCAUGAGACGCCUAAUGGUCUCGGACACUAUUCUCUGGUCCAGAGACAUUUACACGGAGCACAUCACCGGCCACCGCCAAUACCAGGAUGUGGAAUCUGGGGAAAUUCCAGGGUCUUCCCCGCCGCGCCUUGUCGGAAGAGAAUUCAUCACGGCCUUCAUGCAGAACGGCUUACAACAAACACUCAACAGCGACUUCCGGCUACUCAUCACUGCCUACGCCCCGGCCACCUUGAUCAUCAUCUCCAUGAAGAAGCCAGCGCUUAGGGUGCCCGUCCAGGUGAAUGCUGGCCAGACCGCAACGGUGUUAAUCCCAUCCAACGCUGAGAUGGUAGGGGCCAAAAUCUUCGACAACACAGUCGUUGUCCGGGCUGACAAUUAUGUCUCUGUCCUCUCUCUUAACUCCAAACCCAACUCGGCUGACACCACCCCCGUCUACCCAGUGCACAGCUUGGGAACAGAGUAUUACGUUGUCACGCCAACCAUGGGUACAGAUCGCUAUGGGGAGGUUGCCAUUGUGGCCUGGGAGGGCCCUACCACAGUUGAUGUGCACCUGAAAGGGGCUGUCAUUUUCCAAGGAAAGACGCACCUCGGAGGGAGCAGGCUCACCAUCAAGCUGGAGGCAAAUCAGGCUGCCCAGCUGCAGAGCCCAGUGGACAUAUCUGGCACCAAAAUUAUUUCCCAGAAGCCUGUGGCUGUCUACGUUGGACACACCUGCGUGACAAGAUCCAAUCAGUGUGACCAUGUGUCUGAGCAGCUCCUGCCUGUCUCCAGCUGGGGGACCACCUUCAUCGUGCCCCCAUUGUCCUUUGAGAUGCAGGGUGAUAUCAUCUACGUCUCCACCUCCCAAGCAACUGAGGUGGAAGUUCAAGUUGGGAUGAGCAAGAGGAGCAUAGGGCUGCCAGCUGAGUAUGCUGUGCAGUACAGAACCGUUAGCUCCAAUGCCUUGUACUUCUCCGCUAGCGCUGGGAUCCAAGUCAUCUUCUUCUGUGAUGGUGGCACCAAAGGAAACAUCAGAUAUGACCCCUUCUUCAUGGCCAUCCCAGCUGUCUCGAGCUACUGCCAGUCCUAUCACAUCUACGGGCACAACGAGUUUGAGAACUACGCGCUGAUCAUCGUCAAGACAUCGGAGUCCGCGGGGGUCACCGUUGAUAGGAGACCACUGCACAAUGUCCUGUGGAGGCCAGUUCCAGGCACAGAAUACUCUUGGACUGAAUACAGCCUUGGCAAAGGGUUCCUGGUCCAUAAUGUGGAGCACGCCAGCUCCCCCUUUGGCCUGCUGAGCAUUGGGAUCGGAAACCAGAAGGCGUACGGCUCCCCAGCCAUUUGUGCAAGCGAUCCAUGCAGAACACUGAAUUGCCGGGAGAAGGAAACAUGCAGGAUUAAGAACGGCCAGGCAAUAUGCUUCCAUGACUACAUAGGAACCUGCAAUGGAUCCCUGACCUCCCAGUACUACACCUUUGAUGGUCUGACCAUGGACGUCCAAGACACCUGCACCUAUACCAUCGUCAAGUACUGUGGCCAUGACCCCACCCUGGAGCCCUUCACCAUCAAGGAGAAGAACAGCAACAUAGGGAAACAGGACAGUUCCAACCUUGGGUUGACCACUAUCCACGUCUAUGGCUACAAUAUCUCCAUCUACAAGGGAGAGAGUGGAGAAGUCAGGUUAAAUGACAAGAGCGUCCGCCUGCCGGUCACCCUGGAGGCUGGGAAAAUCAAGCUCUCCCAGAGCGAGAGACGUCCCGUCCUGCAGACGGAUUUUGGGCUCCAGGUGCGGUAUGACAGCGACUGGGCUGUGAUCGUGACUCUCGCCAGCAGCUAUUUUGGCAGCACUUGCGGGCUGUGUGGGAACUUCAACGGUGACACUGACGAUGAAGAGAUGCUCUCCAACGGCACCAAAGCCUCUUCCGUCCUGGCCUGGCUUGAUAGCUGGAGAGUGGAGGACUCGGACCCCUCCUGCAGGGAUUCCUGCCAGGGGAAAUGUCCGGUGUGUGAGGAGAGCAAGAGGCAGCUCUAUGGGGGGGACAGUCACUGCGGGGGGAUCAGCAAAGCGCCAGGAGGGCCCUUCAGAGAGUGUCACCCCAGAGUGAGCCCCGACGAGUUCUUCCACAGCUGCGUCUACAACGUGUGUCUGAAUGAGGGCGACAAGAGCAUCCUGUGCCAGGCGCUGGAGGCCUACGCGGACGCCUGCCGGGAGCACGGAGUCACUGUCUACGACUGGAGGACGCCCUCCGGCUGUGGCAUGCCUAACUUUCCUCUCAGUGUGGUACCUGGGAAAAUUCGGGGGUCUUCCGCGCCGCGCCUUCUCGGAAGAGAAUUCAUCACAGCCUUCAUGCAGAACGGCUUACAACAAACACUCAAGAGCGACUUCCGGCUACUCAUCACAGGCUACGCCCCGGCCACAUUGAUCACCAUCUCCAUGAAGAAGCCGGCGCUCAGGGUGCCUGUCCAGGUGAAUGCCGGCCAGACCGCAACGGUGUUAAUCCCACCCGAUGCUGAAAUGGUAGGGGCGAAAGUCUUCGACAACACAGUCGUUGUCCGGGCUGACAAUGAUGUCUCUGUCCUCUCUCUUAACUCCAAACCCAACUCGGCUGACACCACCCCCGUCUACCCAGUGCACAGCUUGGGAACAGAGUAUUACGUUGUCACGCCAACCAUGGGUACAGACCGCUAUGGGGAGGUUGCCAUUGUGGCCUGGGAGGGCCCCACCACAGUUGAUGUGCACCUGAAAGGGGCUGUCAUUUUCCAAGGAAAGACGCACCUCGGAGGGAGCAGGCUCACCAUCAAGCUGGAGGCAAAUCAGGCUGCCCAGCUGCAGAGCCCAGUGGACAUAUCUGGCACCAAAAUCAUUUCCCAGAAGCCUGUGGCUGUUUACGUUGGACACACCUGUGUGACAAGAUCCAACCAGUGUGACCAUGUAUCCGAGCAGCUCCUGCCUGUCUCCAGCUGGGGAACCACCUUCAUCGUGCCCCCGUUGUCCUUUGAGAUGCAGGGUGAUAUCAUCUACAUCUCCACCUCCCAAGCAACUGAGGUGGAAGUUCAAGCUGGGAUGAGCAAGAGCAGCAUGAGGCUGCCAGCUGAGAAUGCUGUGCAGUACAGAACCCCUAGCUCCAAUGCCUUGUACUUCUCCACUAGUGCUGGGAUCCAAGUCAUCUUCUUCUGUGAUGGUGGCACCAAAGGAAACAUCAGAUAUGACCCCUUCUUCAUGGCCAUCCCUGCUGUCUCGAGCUACUGCCAGUCCUAUCACAUCUACGGGCACAACGAGUUUGAGAACUACGCGCUGAUCAUCGUCAAGACAUCGGAGUCCGCGGGGGUCACCAUUGAUAAGAGACCACUGCCUAAUGUCCUGUGGAAGCCAGUUCCAGGCACAGAAUACUCUUGGGCUGAAUACAGCCUUGGCACAGAGUUCCAGGUCCAUAAUGUGGAGCACGCCAGCUCCCCCUUCGGCCUGCUGAGCAUUGGGAUCGGAAACCAGAAGGCAUACGGCUCCCCAGCCAUUUGUGCCAGCGUCCUGCCCUGCCCUGAGAACAGCCACUACGAGGCCUGUGGGAACGCUUGUCCAGCCAGCUGCUCUGACCGAACUGCCCCCUCCUCCUGCCAGGAGCCCUGCGCGGAGACCUGCCAGUGUAACGAUGGUUACGUCCUGAGUGCCGAUCAGUGUGUCCCUGUGGAGAGCUGUGGAUGUGACUACAAUGGCCACUACUACAAACCUAAUGAGGAGUUCUGGGCUGAUGAGAACUGCCGCUCUCGAUGCAGGUGUGACCCCAGCCUGGGCACGGUGGUUUGCCAGGAAACCAGCUGCAAGAGCAAUGAAAGAUGCGUCAUUGUGAACGGUGCCCACCGCUGUAAGGCAACUACCUACUCCACCUGCAUAGGUACUGGAGACCCUCACUACACCACCUUUGAUGGGAAGAAGUAUGAUUUCAUGGGCACUUGCAUCUACCAGUUCGCAGCUCUCUGCUCCGAAGACCCCACACUCACCCCAUUCAACGUCAAAGUGGAGAACAACCACCGAGGCAGCAAGGCCGUGUCCUUCACCAAAACAGUGACCUUAGAGGUUUACAAUGUGACCAUCAGCAUGAGCCAGGAUCAUCCACGCAAGAUCCAGGUGGAUGGUGUUUUUGUGGACCUGCCCUUCUCCCACCAGCGCAAGUUCAAGGCCUACAUCAGUGGCGUUCAUGGUUUCAUCAAGACCGAUUUCGACCUGAGAGUGAGCUUCGACUGGUACAGCUACGCCAGGGUGAUCAUACCCAAUACGUACACCAAUGCUGUCUGCGGCCUCUGUGGCAAUGCCAAUCAGGACCCCAGCGACGAUCUGACCAUGAAGAAUGGAACUCAGACAUCUGAUGAGAUUCAGUUCGCUGACAGCUGGAAGGUUGGUGACGUCCCGGGGUGCUCAGACAUCUGCACCGGGGACUGCUCAGUCUGCAGUGAGUCUCAGAAACAAACCUACGAGGGAGACCAGUAUUGUGGGGUCCUCACUCAACAGAACGGGCCAUUCACACAGUGCCACGGGGCCAUCAAACCAGCCUCCUUCUUUGAUGAUUGUGUCUUUGACACCUGCCAGUACAAGGGUCAUCGUGACACUCUGUGCAGCGCAAUCAGUGCCUAUGUGACAGCCUGCCAGGCCAGGGGCAUCCAGAUAGGGCAGUGGAGAUCGGCCUCAUUCUGCAGCCUCACCUGUCCCCGGAACUCUCACUACGAGUUCUGUGGGAGCAGCUGUCCUGCCACCUGCCACAGGCCCUCGGCUCCGGACAGCUGUGAGGAGCCCUGUGUGGAAGGGUGUUUCUGCGACGCCGGAUUCAUCCUCAGCGGAGACCGGUGCGUCCCCAUCACGCAGUGCGGCUGUGUGCACCAGUGCAGGUACUACCAGAAAGGAGAAGAGUUCUACACCAGCGCCUCCUGCCAGGAGCGGUGCCAGUGCCAAGAGAACGGGGUCGUCGAGUGCCAGGAGGCCUCCUGCGGAGCCAAUGAGGAGUGCAAGGUGGAGAAUGGAGUCCUGGGCUGCCACCCGAUGGAGUAUGGAACCUGCAUAGUCUCCGGUGACCCUCACUACAUCUCAUUUGAUGGACAGGCCUUCGACAUCCAGGGCUCUUGCGCUUACACCUUAGCCAAGGUCUGCAGCAGUGACCCCCGGCUGGUGGAAUUUUCCGUGGUGGUUGAGAACGAGAGCAUUGGUGGUGGCCGUGUGGCUCGGACGAGGGCAGUGGUGGUCUCUGUGCAUGGUUACACCAUCUCCCUGGAGAGGGGGAGGAAGUGGAAGGUGGAGGUGGACAGGGAGCUCUACACUCUCCCACUGGUUAUGGACGAUGGGAAACUUUGGAUCAACCAGGAAGGGAACAACAUCAUUGUCCAGUCUGCCUCUGGCCUCCAAGUCUUUUAUGACACUGCCUCCUACCUCCGAGUGUCCAUCCCCAGCACCUGCAAGGGACACAUGUGCGGCUUGUGCGGCAAUUUCAAUGGUGACAAAAAUGAUGACUUCCUGCUGCCCAAUGGAAAGAGCACUCAAAGUCUGAGUGAGUUUGUCGCCUCCUGGAAGGUGCCUGUUGAUGGUGCCAUGUGCUCCGAUGGCUGCGGUGAGAGAUGCCCCAUCUGUGAUGGGGCCCAGACAGCACCAUACCAGUCUGAGCGCUCCUGUGGGCUGAUCAGAGCCACCUCAGGUCCCUUCAGAGAUUGUCACUCGCUGGUCAGCCCUGCCGAGUACUUCAACCACUGUCUCCACGACAUGUGUGCUACCAACGGGACGGGAGAGACCCUCUGCCAGAGCCUCCAGGCCUACGCGGCCGCAUGCCAGACAACUGGAGCCAAGAUCAGAGCCUGGAGAACAGCCUCCUUCUGCCCCCUUGCCUGCCCACUCAACAGCCACUAUGAGCUGUGCACCAAGUCCUGCGAUUUCACCUGUGCUGGCUUGUCUGCCCCUGCUCAGUGCACCCAGAAUUGCUUUGAAGGCUGCCAGUGCAAUACUGGCUACAUGUUCGAUGGGGAGGGGUGCGUGUCCAUGGACAGGUGCGGCUGCAUGCACGAUGGACGCUACAUCAAGUCCAGGGAGAGUGUCAUCUCCAGUGACUGCUCAGAGAAAUGCACUUGCCACCCAUCAGGUGGGCUCAUCUGUGAGAAAAACAGCUGCCCCACUGGAGAGAUCUGCGUGCUCAGGGAUGGGAAGCAUGGAUGCGUGAAACAGGAAGGCCGGUGCAUGGUCUCUCCGGGUGCUUACCUUACCACCUUUGAUGGUGCCAAGGGGAAACUCCUCUACAGUGGGACAUACAAAGUGGCCUCGCUCUGUGACGAGAGCUCUCCUGCCUGGUUCAAGGUGGUGGUAGACAUCAGCGAAUGCACCAAUGACGGAAUACCAGCUUGUGCGGCCAUCUUUGUUUUUUUCCGAGAAGCUCUUAUCACUGUGAACAAUAACAUGGAGACCUGGGUGAACGGGCGCUCAGUGCAGCUCCCGGCGAACGUCUCCGAUGCCGUGUCUGUGAGCGAGUCUCAGGGCGGCGUGGCCGUGGUCCAGGCCUCGGGGAUGCAAGUUCUGUUCAGCCCCAGUGGGGAGGUGACGCUGAGGGUGGGCGAGAGCCUGGCUAACAAGCUGUGCGCACCCUGCGGGAACUUCAAUGGCGACGUCUCCGACGACCUGCAGCUGCCCAGCGGGCAAAUUGUGGGGAACAUCGCCGAGGUCAUCGACGCCUGGAAGGCCAGAGACUUUUUAGGAUGCCACGCUUCUAACAUCGUGUGAGCUGACCUGGGAGCUCCGUCGGUCCCUGCACAUUAGACGGCGCCAGCAUGGGUUUGGCCCAGGAAUUCCCACUACACAGAGUGCUGGAGGCAGCUGGGACUCACCAGGCCAUGCGUGUGGCUGAAACCCUGGGCUGAUGUGUACAGAGCUGUGUGAGGGAACUGGGUGCGCCACUUUUCCAGCUUUGGAUAUCUCAGCCUAGACACACACACACACACGCACGCACACACUCACGCAAACAUGCAUUGUAUAGAGCUAGCUACCGUCAGGGUUGAAUUAUCAAAAGCAUCCAAGAGAAUUAGGCACUAGAGCUGGUUGAAAUUUUUUGGCCAAAACUGCAGAAUUGGUGACACCAAAAUGUUCCACAAAUUUGUGUCGAUUUUUGCCAAAUUGCUCAUUAAGAAAAAAAUCCAAGCAAAAAACAAAGGGCUUUGUCUUGAUGUUUUCAAAACAAAAUGUUUCAAUUUUAAUUUCAAAGUCUUAUUUUUUUUUAUUUUCUAAAAAUCCCAAAACAUUUUGAAGUGGUCAAAAUUUAAAUGAAAUGGUUCAUUUGAACCCCAAACAAUUCUUGUUCAACUUUUCAAUGAGCCAAAAGUGACAAAAAGUUGCAUUUUCGGUCCAACCUGGAACAGUUUCCCCCCUUGACUUUUCAAAAUUGUAAAUGAACCAACAAAUCAAUUAUUUGCCCAUCUCUAUUAGGCUCACAGACUUUAAGGCCAGAAGGGACCAACAUGCUCAUCUAGUCUGAUCUGCACUUCACAAGCCACAGAAUCUCAUCCACCAACUCCUGCAACAGACCUAUAACCUCUGGCUGAGUUACUGACGUCCUCAAAUCAUGAUUUAAAAACGUCAAGUUACCAUUUACUCUGUUUAGUUCAAACCAGCAAGUGACCUGUGUCCCAUGCUGCAGAAGAAGGCAAAAAAAAAAAAUCCCAGGGUUUCUGCCAAUCUGACCCAGGGACAAAUUCCUU